UAUAACACGAUGUCGUCUGUAGUGUCUCAAUAUGUUACAAAAAUUAUCUGUGGAAAUCAAGGAUGUUUGGACUUCAAGCAGCUUGACCAGAUCGUUGGUCAAAAGUUCACUUGUGCAGAUGAGAUCCUACUUGGAAUACUUAGUGACAGCGGAAAAUAUGCCAUCAGUGAAGGCAAAGAAAAGGCUUCGGGUUGUGUUAUGAGCCAGGACAGUGUUAUUGUUGCCAAGACUUCACUACGAGUCUGUCAAACCUCUCAUAAAGAGUGUCAUCAGUGCGAUAAUUUACACAUAUGCAGCCACUUUGUAUGCGGUAACUGCAAGUACGGGAACAAGUGCAAAAAGGCCCACAGUCUAGAUUCCCCACACAACGCAGCUAUUAUAAGUGAGGUGGGUCACCAUGACCUGGGGGAGGCAGAGCUGUUCCAACUUCUGCUGCAGAACGACCCCUACCUGAUGCCUGAGAUCUGCUCCCAUUACAACAAGCGCGUUGGUGAGCAUGGCAUCUGCAAGUUUAAAAGCAGCUGCACAAAACUCCACCUCUGCCUGCACUUCCUCCAGGGUGACUGUAGGUUUGGUGCUGGUUGUAAGAGGGCCCACACGUUCGAUGCCCCUGCAAUGAAGAUUCUAAACAGCAGAGGAUUCAGCCAAGAGAACAUCAAGAUCCUCCACAAUAUCUACAAGAAUAAAUUCAUCAUCACUCACCAAGAAAAUCCAGCUGCCGUAGCACCCUCUCUUGCUCCAGUCAUGAAGCCAGUUGAGAAACAACAGCCCUCCUCCAGCCCCACCAGUGAGACUGACAGGAAUGAAAUCUGCCUCUUCUCCAUCCGCAGUCGCUGCAGCUUCAAAGACACAUGUAUCCGUGUCCACUACCAUCUGCCUUACAAAUGGCAGAUCUUAGAUGGAGUGGCUUGGAGAGACCUGGACAAUGUAGAGGAGAUUGAGAAGGCCUACUGUAAUCCACGAAAUGAAACAAGUGGAGGAAGUAAGCCUGUGAACUUCCUCACCAUGACAUGUGGAAGCCCUCCAGUUCGUCGUCUGUCCACUAUUUCAUCCGUCACCAAACCCCCUUACUUCAUCCUCACAACAGAGUGGCUGUGGUACUGGAGAGAUGACUGUGGCCAGUGGAUAGAGUAUGGCCAUGAGGGUGGUGAGGGGAAUGUGGCCUCUGUCAUUUCCCAGACCCUGGAGAAUGCUUACCAAACUGACUCUGACAGCGAGAUUCCAUUUGAAUCUGGAGAUCAGAAAUACAUUCUUAAUCUCAAAGAGAUGCAUCAGCAGAAUAUUAGAUUUACAACCAAAAGAGCAAUUUGUAGAAGGCCCCGUUUUCUCUCUAAGGAAGAUGUGAAUGCCAAGCUGAAGAGUGAGUCUAAGGAGAGCUCCAGCUCCUCUGUGACUGUCCCUCCACACUGGGACAAAGGAGUCUUGUCUGACGCCACAGACUACAAGCUGGUUCCACUCUCAAGCCAGAUAGAAGAGUACCAAAAGUUGGAGAAGCUAUUCAAACAUACCAUGGCCAGCAGCACCAUCCACAGCAUCAAACGGAUCCAGAACCCCUCACUCUGGAGGGUCUUCCAGUGGCAGAAGGAACAGAUGAUGAAGAAGAAUGGCGGGAAACCGGUUGAUGAGAGAGAAUUGUUCCACGGCACAGAUCACUCUAUCAUAGAUGUCAUCUGUGAACAGAACUUUGACUGGAGGACCUGCGGUGUCAAUGGAACACUUUAUGGCCUAGGGAGCUACUUUGCUAGAGAUGCCUCUUACUCUGACGCGUACAUAAGAUCUCAGAGCAAUAGCAAGAAGAUUAUGUUUGUGGCUCUGGUCUUGGUUGGAGAGUUCACCAAUGGGUGUAAAACAUACCGUCGUCCACCUCAGAAAAGCACCAGCAAGGUCCUCUACGACAGCUGUGUCAACUCAGAAAACAACCCAUCCAUUUUUGUUGUGUUUGAGAAACAGCAGAUUUAUCCUGAAUACCUAAUUGAGUACUCUUAAAUCCACAGGGGUCCAUACCAAUCUUCCACUGAAGACAACUGAUAUUUUGUGACUUGCUAACAGUCCUCACAUGCUCUACCUACUGUAUUUCUGUUAUUUAUUGAAAUGGGGCUAGUGAUUUAUUGAAUUGGGGCUAGGUUUUGGUAUUUUUUUGUUAUGCAUUAAAUAAUAAUUAUUAUUAUAAUAUCGCCAAAGUUCAGUGCUAUAGCAUGAUUGAAAUUUAAAGGCAAUGUUCCCACGCUCAGUCGCUUCUAGUCCGUAUCUUUUUAUGUGUUAUUUCUUACAUUGUUAGCCCAGAAAAUCUUAAGUGUUAUUACAGACCGCCGGGAAGAACUAUUGGAUAUCAGAGCGACAUCAACGUACCAACAUUACGACCAGGAAUACGACUUUCCCGAAGCGGAUCCUUUGUUCACACCACCACCUAGGGCAUUUGAUCUGAUCCCAGAGACCGACCCAAAAUAACGUUGCCUCAGAAGAGGUAGACGGAGCGGCCUCCUGGUCAGACUUUGGAGGCUUGCACACCACCCACUGCUUCCGAGUAUAUUAUUCGCCAAUGUCCAGUCUCUAGAUAACAAGGAAGACAAAAUU